GAGUCCUUUCCUAGUACUCAGUACUUCAUCAGACGAGGAGGUUCAAUCCAUUGCCAGGAGAUCAGUACUCAUUAAGAGUGUGUACCAGCUGUUAAGACGUGGGAAUUGUUACGAUAGUUUGAAGACAUGUCUCAUGGGACUCCCAACACAUGUUAUGGAACCUUAUUCUAAACCAGGUUAUACAUUUUGUGUGAGAGUCAAGUCUUUCAAUAAGAAACUGAAUACGUCAUACAUGAUGAAUGCAAUUGAAUGGCUUUCAUUCCUUCCCUUUGCUGGUAAAGUUAAUCUCAGUGAGCCAAUGCAUGAGUUCCACCUCCUGGAGGAUUAUGGAGAAAGACAGGACAAACCUCCUGACCAUCCUAAGCAAAUAUUCUUCUGUAAACUGUUAUCGAUAGGUCAGAGACAUUUAAUCAGUACAUACUCACUGAGGACAAGACAGUUCAUUGGUAAUACAUCAAUGGACCCUCUCCUCUCACUAGUAAUGGCUAACAUGGCACAAGUGUCACCAGGUAAACUGGUUUAUGAUCCUUUUGCUGGCUCAGGGAGUAUACUGAUAGCCUGUGCUCAUUAUGGGGGCUAUGUACUCGGAUCUGAUAUAGACUGGACU